GUAGCAGUGGGCUGUACACGGUGUAGAGCUGCUUCCCGGCGGCAGGAGAGGAAGAGGAAGCCCGGGAGAUUGAAGAGUGGAGGGUAAACAGAGCGGAGAUUAUUUACUACAGAUUUUUACACAGUUUUAACCUUUUUACUUCUUUAUUAGGCCUUUAUUUCACACCCAGCGCUGCGAGGAGUGCUGCUGCCGUCUUCCACACCCGCAGUUGGCCUAGAAAAGCUUCACAUCAAAGCUGUAAAUGUAGGAUCAUCUCACCUUCCCGCUGCUCGCUGCAGUCAGGUCUACUGAGAGUGAAGGAAGCCGGUGGUGAUUGAAUGAUGGGAUCCAACAGCAGACCAUGCUUACAGUUCAGCGAUACGGACUCCAGCGACUCGGAGGAGCUUCCUUUUAUUAAUUUCUCACAGCGUGGAAAUGCCCAGGAUAAAACAAAGAGCUCAAAAUGUGAUCUAGUGGUUGUGGACGGCUCUGAGGCUGACUCUGACUCCUGGACCAAGAGUGCCGUUCCUGCAGUAGCUGGAUCUGGAGCUGUGAUGAAGAGUGAUGUUCAUAUGGUGAGCAGCAGUGAGAGUGAGGAGGAGGAGGAGGCCUUUAUUCCGCUGGCUGUGAGACUAAAGCAGAAACAGAGCGAUGUCUCUAAAGCUCAGACAUCAUUGGCCAAUCAUAUCGCUGCUAAUCAUAACGGAAACUUAACAACGGCUAAGCCGUCACCAGCCCUGUCUGCUCACCGUGUUCCUGAGACCGGGCCGGCAGCGGAUUAUCUGGGAAAAUAUUCCAGUAACAUUAGUCAUCAGAGCGGUAAUUAUGACGCAGCAUGUGUUACUAAAGACCUUCUGUCAGGAGGGGAAAAUCCGCGAAAGGGCAAGAGGACCCCUGCGGAAAUGGAGGCGGCCAAGGAGGACGCCCUGAGGAGGAGAGCGGCGCGAGAGAAGCAGCAGGGGGAGCGAGAGAGGCUGAGAGCAGAGAAGAAGGCGAUGGCGGACGCUGUGAAGGCCAUGAGACCCGAGGAGUGCCUCAAACACAUGGCUGUGGCCGUGGAUCCAGGUCUGCUGCAACUGGAGGGAGGUGGCGCUCUCCUGACGUCUCUGCAUGCGAUGGGCUGCAGCUGCGCCAUUGAGAAGCAGCCUCUCCCCCGCAGCGUCUCCUGGCUCAGACGUGCGCCCUGUCCUCAGACUGGUGAACUGGUGUCCAUCCCAGAGUCCCAUACAGUGAUUCAGGUACCAGUGGAAGACUUCAUCACCAUGAUUCACAGCUACACACAGGAGCAGAGGGGUGGAGGAUCGGCGGCCUGCGGCAUAUCCCUGACCUCCUGGACUCUUCGUCUCAUGGCCAGAAACCCGGGAAGGACCCUCAGUCUGGCCGUGAUUGACAUAGAGAAAUAUUAUAAGAGUCAGAACGCCAGGAGUCGUCAGAAGUUCCGCGAGGCGGUUCUGGGCGACGGCGGCGGCGGCGGUGUGAAGAAGAGGAAGAGGAAAGAGGCUGAGGAGCAUCCAGAUGUGUCUCGAGUAGACGUGGAGGAGGCAUUGGUUGACCUGCAGCUUCACGCCGGCGUCCAGGUCCACUUUCACUCCACCUGGAAGGACUUCACUGAUUACGUUACUAUGUCAACCAAGGCAGUCGCUGAAGCACCAUUCAAGCGAGAGCGUGAUAAGACAGGCUUCGGUUUCUGCUUGGAGAGCGAGUGGGCGGGUGGUCAGAAGGUGGACCGGACAGGAAAAGGCCUCCUGCAGGUUUGGAAGAGGCAGAUCCAGCAGCUGAACCGGGUCAGCCCCGACAUGGCCAGCGCCGUGCUGAACGCGUACCCGUCUCCUCAGCUCCUUAUCCAGGCUUAUCGUCAGUGCAAAUCAGAGCGGGAGAAAGUCACACUGCUGUCAGAUGUUUUGAUUCGCCGUGGGGAAGGCGUGACAUCAACGACCCGCAGGGUUGGUCCAGAGCUGUCAAAAAGACUCUUUCUGUUGAUGAACUCAGUCGACCCUCAGCAGACGCUCGAUGCCGUGGCAUAAAUACAGAUAGUCUUUUACCUUAAAGGAGAACUCUGGUGUGAAAUAGACUUUUGGUGUGUUUAUUAAAACAUGAUAAAAACUGCUUACCUGUGUUGCAUAGCUCUCCUCCGCUCUCCUGCAGCUUUCUGAGAUCCAGUAUUUUGUGCGCUUUGCCCAAACAGGCUUUAGAGUUGAAUGAGUGAGAUGGGGCAUAUUUUGCGCCUGCAGAAAAAUUCCACCUUUUUUUACACCGAUAUUCAGCUCAAAGUAGCUCCACUCUUUAUUGGUAGAAUCUGGAGAGCCCUGACGUUUAAAACGAGGUGUUAAUAACUUAAACAAGAAGCUUAUUAAAAAACGAUGUUUAAAUCCCAUAACGUAGGUAAAUCUCUGGGCGCCGCCAUCUUGAAUUUAGGUCACAAUAAGUCAACCGUCGUGCACGAGAAUGAAUAGAUUUCUUUAGUUUGAGUUGAGCAGAUGAAGCAAAAUUAAUUCCUUGGAAAUGCAUGAAUUCCAGCUGUUGCUGAAAAUAUCUGGUUACUGUCGAUAUUAGAAUUAUAUAAUUAUAUAUUACAAAUUAUAUAAACACAUAAAUAUUGCUAAAACAUUUUUUUACUAUUCGUUCUCAUGCUCGACUGUUGACUUAUUAUGAAUUCAAUUUAAGAUGGUGGAGCCCAGAGCAUAACCUACGCUACGGUUUGUAAACAGUGGCUUUUAAUAAACUUCUUGUGCAGUUUUAAAGUUUUAAAAUGCCUCGUUUUAAAUGUCAGGACUCUCCAGAUUCUACCAAUGAGGUGUAGAGCUACUUUGAGCUGAAUAACGGUGUAAAAAGAGAUUUAUCUGCAGGGGCAAAAUAUGCCCCAUUGAAACCCAUUCUAAAGCUUGUUUGGGCAAAGUAGACAAAGUUACUGUGGAUCUCAGAAAGCUGCAGGAGAGCAGAGGAGAGCGCAGGAUAACUAUUCAACAAGAUAAUAACUUUUUAUCAGGUUUUAAUAAAUACACCCAAAAUCCAUUUCACACCAGAGUUCUCCUUUAAGAAACAUUUGUUUUAUGGAUUGAAAACUGGACAAAUACCACCGAUACCAGAUAUUGGAGUAUCUGCCAGUACUGAGUACCGAUACCGGCUCUGACUGAACUACAUGAUACAUACCUAUAAAUUCUGGUAUUUUUACUGUUUAAUUAGUUAUAGAUUUGUAUUCCAAUAAAGGCAAGAACAGCAUGUACCAGCUGAGAAACUGCAUACGUGCAAAGUUUCAGAAUUACGAAAAAAUUUUAUUUACCACAAUAUUAAUAAUAAUAAUAAUAAUAAUAAUAAUAAUAAUAAUAAUUCUAUACUGCAGACGUACUGCUGGGUUCAUACUGCUCGGUUCUGUCCCCACAACUUAUCACGUUCCCACACUUUAAUAAGUCCUGGCCAUAUAAGUCAUCCCCAUGGCUUAAUUAUCUCGAUUCUACGUCUUAAAAAGCCGCCCCCAUGAUAAAAUCAUCUCCUUUCCAUGCUUUAAUAAGUCCGUAUAAGUUGUCCCCACGGCUUAAUUAUUUUGUUCCCAUGACUCAGUUAUUUUGUUCCCAUGUCUUAAUGAGCCACCCACAAUUUAUUUAUCUUGUUCUCACAGCUUAAUGAGCCAUCACCAUGACUUAAUUAUCUCGUUUCAUGCCUUAAUAAGCCGUCCCCAUGGCUUAAUUAUCUUGUUCCCACAACUUAAUAAGUCGUCUCCAUGAUUUAUUAUCUCCUUCCUAUGCUUUAAAAAGUCCAUAUAAGUUGUCCCUACGACUGUUCCCACAACAUAAUUAUCUUGUUCCCAUGCCUUAAUGAGCCGCCCACAAUUUAAUCAUCUUGUUCCAAUGGCUUAACGAGACAUCCCCAUGACUUAAUUAUCUCGUUUAUUGCCUUAAUAAGCCGUCCCCACGACUUAAUUAUCUUGUUCCCACACCUUAAUAAGUCGUCUCCAUGAUUUAUUAUCUCCUUCCCAUGCUUUAAAAAGUCCAUAUAAGUUGUCCCUACGACUGUUCCCACAACAUAAUUAUCUUGUUCCCAUGCCUUAAUGAGCCAUUCCCAUGACUUACCUGUCUCGUUCCCUUAAUUAUCUUGUUCCCACAUCUUAAGAAGUUGUGGCCACGCAUUAUUAUUUAUUUUACUUGAUAUCAGGUUAGGAUGAUACCAAGUGAAGUUGCUUUAAUUGCUUUAAUUUUUUUUUACUUUCUCUGCCAUUUUCAUGUCUUAUGUGUUUUUGUCGUUUAUUAUACGUCUAUAAGUGUGAGACAAUUUCUACAGUAUAUUUAAACAUUUAAAUAAGUUGUACAUGAUUUACAUUAAAUUGUUUUAAGUAA